AUGCUUUCGAGAGCUGCACAUCCGGCAUUGAGGGCUGGUGUCGCGGCCGCCGCCCGGCCCGCGACCCUCAAUGUCAUCCAUCCUGCUGGCUAUGCCACCCUUCGCGAAAUUGAAGGCCGUCUCAAGUCAAUCCGCAACAUCGAGAAGAUCACCAAGACGAUGAAGAUUGUGGCCUCCACCAAGCUCACCCGCGCGCAAAGGGCCAUGACCGAGUCCCGGACCUACGGCCAGACCUCAAACACUGUCUUCGAGCAGGCAGAGACCAAGGCGGCGGAUGUGGAGGGCAAGAAGACCCUGGUGGUUGUCUGCAGCUCGGAUAAGGGUCUUUGCGGCGGUAUCCACUCUGGCUUGUCGAGGAAGACGAGGAAGAUGUCUGCGGAGAACUCAGAUUUCGACCUCGCCAUCCUGGGUGAGAAGUGCAAGGCGCAGUUGGGCAGAUCCAAUUCGAAGCAGAUCGUUCUCAGCUUCGCCGGUAUUGGAAAGGACGUGCCCACCUUCGCGGAUGCGCAGGCUAUCGCCGAUCAAAUCUCUCUCCUCCCUACGGAUUACACAUCCAUUCAGAUCAUGUACAACAAGUUCGUCAACGCUCAGACCUAUGAGCCAGUCAUAGUCGAGGCGUUUUCGGAGGAGGCAAUCGCCAACUCACCAAACUUCGCGGCUUUCGAGAUCGACGACGAGGUUCUCACCAACCUCCGGGAGUAUGCUCUUGCCAACGCCCUAUACUGGGCCCUAGCUGAAGGCCACGCGUGCGAGCAGUCUGCUCGACGAAACGCCAUGGAUAACGCUUCCAAGAACGCUGGUGACAUGAUCAACAAAUUCCAGAUUCUUUUCAACCGCACUCGCCAGGCCGUCAUUACUGGCGAGUUGGUGGAAAUCAUCACUGGUGCUGCUGCUUCGGAGGAGGGUUAA